AAAAAGGCGUGCUCUUCUUCUUCUUCAUUUUUCCCCCUCUCUCCUUUUUAGGCCAACAGUUUCGUUUCCGGAGAAUUUCUGAUGAAACUUCAAUGGCUGCCUUUGAAUAAAAAUCAACUAUCCCCUGCAUAUAAAGAACAGCGGGAUGAGCCAAUUUAGCACAAAUGACUACAACACGACGUUUAGCAGUGGAGUCGAGUCUGCUAGUUUUAUUGCGAGCUCCAAUCUUCUGAGGCGUCCGGUGGAGACAAUCUUGGAGCUUUAUGCAGAAAUCAGUUCGAAGCAGGAGGGGUUGUGCUUCAAAGUGGGGCAGGAGUUGGAUUUUACGGUAAUAGCAUUUGUGGCCACUCAAAUUAAUCUCCAAGCGCCUGAGCAAUCAGGUUUGGUUUCAUCUUCGGCCCUCAAGGACAAAGAUUUCCCUCUUUUUGAGUUCCUUUGUAACGACAAAUUCCCAUGUUUCUCCCUUCAUAAGGCUGCAAUUUCUCUCUUCUAUGAUCAUCGUGAGCAGCUCCAUCAACUCAAAUCUCUGAUUGAUAGCUCCAAGCCAUUGAUGGUAACUGGACAUGCUCUUGGGGGAUCCAUUGCUUCUCUUUUCACUCUGUGGCUACUAGAUAACCUCACCAUUGGCUCAGGAAGGAAACACUCACCACUCUGCGUCACCUUUGGUUCACCCCUUCUAGGUGAUUCCGACUUUCAAAAAGCCAUUUCACGAAGCCCUCUCUGGAAUUCAUGCUUUCUCCACGUGGCCUCUCUCCGGGACCCUCUUCCCAGGACCUUGAUUCCAAUCAAUGUGCGCAAGCCCUUCGGAACAUUUCUCUUGUGCUCGGAAGUAGGCUCUGCUUGUUUCAAUGACCCUGAUUCUAUUCUGGAACUUUUAGCAGAAACGGGGUCCACCGUGAGGGAUCCAUAUGUUCAAGAAUUUGACAUUCAUCAAUAUUUAGACAUUGUGCAAAAUCUUCACCGCAAGGCCAUUUGCAAGGCUUUUAGUCCACAGCCACAGAAUAUGGCUCUUUGUGAUUCCCUAGAAGCAACUAUAAUCAUCCAGCUUGCAGCACUUGACCUUUCACAAAUCCAGCAGGAUAUGGUGGAAAAGCUGAAGCUGCGAGAAAUUACACUGCAGCCGAAGAAGAAAGACUUGGAUCUAUCCAAGAGAUUGAAUGACGUGAAGAUGUAUAUGGCCAACCUCGAAUGGUACAAAAAGGACUCUAAGGCUCAGGAGACAGGAAUGUACGACAUGUACAAGAAGCAUAGGAAUGAAAGAGACCAAGAUAUUGUUUGGUGGAAGAAAGAGCUCACACUUUACUGGAGAGAAAUGGUUGAAGAGGCAGAGAUGAAGCCUCAGAAGGAAGGGGCUGCUUUUCGGACCCGCUGGCUCUUUGCUGGCACAAAUUACCGAAGAAUGAUCGAGCCACUUGACAUUGCUGACUACUACGAAAGUGGCGGAAAAGACUAUGAGACUCAAGGAAGGUCCAGACAUUAUCGGCAGCUAGAGGAAUGGCUCAAAGAAGACACAACGCCUUCAUCGGCGGGAUUGUUGUGCAUUACGAACAAGCAAAACGUGGAAUCAAUUCUGACGCUGGAUUCUUGUUUCUGGGCACGCGUGGAAGAGGCUCUCAUUGCCUGCAGUGACAUGAAGGGGGGAGAAGACUCUAGCAGUAGGCAGAAAUUAAUUGAGUUUGAGGAAUAUGUUUAUGGGUUGCUCAAGAAUUAUGCAGUUUCGCCUGAGAUUUUCCUGAAGUACAGUACCUACAUCCGUUGGUGGAAUGAGUAUCAAAUGCUCAGGGAAGCAUCCAGUGAUUCAAAACUAGCUAGCUUCAUGCGUAACCCUGACAAUUACAAGCUCUAUUCUAUGGGGGUAUUUGAUUUCCAAUGAAGUUUGACUGCUGAAGACUUGAAAAAGCGUGAUCAUAAUGAUGAAGUAAUAUAUAAUAAAUAGUUUGAUAUGGUAGGUUUGUAAUUCCUUUGGUAUCAGUUUGGAAAAAUUGUGUGUUUAGCUUAUUAUUCUCCUUAGUCUCUAUUAGUAAUGGAAGGAUUUGUUUUGUUG